AUGAACUUCAGGUGUUCUGGAAGCUCCAGCCCAGGAGACCCACAGCGCUCUCUGCUGGAGACAGAUGGUGGAUCUCCGGAUCCCAACAGCGUAGAACCAAAUCCAAACGAUAUCAGAAUUGUUCUGAUAGGGAAGACUGGCAAUGGGAAAAGCUCAUCAGGAAACACCAUUUUAGGAAGAAAAGAGUUUGAUGCCAAAUCAAGUCAAAACUCAGUUACAAAGCAAUGCCUGAAGGAAAAGACUGAAGUAGACGGCCGCUCAGUUUUUGUUGUCGACACACCUGGUCUUUUUGACAACAGUUUGAGCCAUGAAGAGAUUAAGCAUGAGUUGAUGGGGUGUGUUAAUUUUGUUGCUCCAGGACCACAUGUCUUCCUGCUGGUUGUACGGAUCGGCAGAUUUACACCAGAGGACAAAGAGACAUUAGAAAUGAUCAAGAAAAUCUUUGGGAAGAAUUCAGAAAAGUUCACCAUCGUUCUUUUAACUGGAGGAGAGUCAUUGGAGCAAGAUGGCCUCACCAUUGAAGAAUACAUUAGACGGGAAUGUGGAGAUCUUUUCAAGCAGCUGGUUGCUGACUGUGGAGGAAGGUACCAUGUUUUUAAAAAUCAGGAUGUAGACAACGGUACUCAGGUCAGAGAGCUGAUCAGAAAGAUUGACACAGUGGUGAAGGAAAAUGGGGGAAAGUAUUUUACUAAUGAGAUGCUGCAAGAGGCGGAGGCUGCCAUACAGAAGAACAUGAAGAUUAUUGCAAAUGAAACAAGUCAUGAAAUAAAGGCAAGGGUGGAAGAACUUGAAAGAAAACUGGCAGCUGAACAACAAAUGUGGAAAAUAAAGCCUGGAACGGCUAAAACAGAAAAUCUGCGACGAGGAAAAUUACAGGAGGACUGGAAGAAAAAGAUCAAGAACGAAAAUGAGCAGAAAUAUAGAGAGGAAGAAGAGAAAAGGAAGAAAGCUGAAGAAGAAAUAAAAAAGACAAAGAAUGAGCUGGUAACAGUGGAGAAAAAUAUACAAUCAGGAUUAAAAAGUCAAGUUGCUGAACGAUCCCUUGAGAUAAAGAGACAAGACCUGGAAGGAAAACUAAACCUGAUGGAGAAAGAACAGCAAGAGUCUUUGGAGAAGAAACACAGGGAAGACAAACAGAGAAAUCAGAAGGAGGAGAGCGAAAUGGAUAAUCUGACAGAGGAAUAUGGAAUAUAUGAAAACUGUGAAGAUUAUGAAGAAAUAAUUCGAAGAGAACUGGAGGAAGAGUAUCAGAGAAAACUGGAUGAGAUUAAAAAGAAAUACAUGGAAGAAGUUAGAAAAAAAGCAGAGAUGAGGCGAAAAUUCAAAGCCUUUGAUGCUAUGCUACCAAUCCUUAAACACGUUGACAAAACAUGCAAACUCAUGUAAUGAGCUUUGUGAACAAAGUGUCAGAUGUUUAGCUUCCUGUUUGUUUCCGAAUAUUUCACAGGAGUGUCAUAAUAUUUCAUCAAACAUUUUAGAUCCAAAUCUUAAUGAAACUCCGAAAUCUGGUUGAUUAAAUAGAAGAGUAGGUUCAUCAUAUGCAGACAGUUUAUUCCUCAAUGCUGCUGUUCAGGGGUUGGUUCCUGAUCAGAGGAAACUUUCUGCAUGUUCUUCUUUUGUCUCCACCUCUUACUGAUAAUAAACAUGACUUCAUUUAUUGAGUUCGGAAAAAGCUAAAGUGUCGUUUAAGAUAAACACAUGGUAAUGGUUAUACAUUAUGAGCUCUUAUAAUUACAUUAGAUUUGUUUCUUUUUAAAUGUAGAUAAAUAGAAUAUGUAAACUUUGUCAUUUCAUUGUGUUCAAGCAUUUAAUUUAUGUCUGUUCUCAGCGCAGGACGGUGAGCAAAAAGCUGUUUAUCAUGAAAGAGUUAAAUUCUCUCCCUCUGAGAAUGUGAACAAUUGAGUUUGAAAUAGACUUUACUUCUGUAUGAUAAUGUUUCUUGACUUGAUUUGUAAAGCACCCACUGUAAUCAGACCCUCAUGGCAUCACUGUGGGUGAAAUGUUUUAUGGUCGUAUCUGUAAAAAGUCCAGAGAUUGAAACAAACAAGAGAAACCAGUAUAAUGAUGAAUCAAGUGAAAUAAACACGAAUCCAAGAAUCAAUGUCCUAUGGAG